AGUGGCUUUGCACAGCGGCACACGCCUGAGAUCUGCGCUUCUCUGGAGGGAGGGGCAGCCUGGCACUGGGACAGACACCGCAUUUCCUCAGCUCUCUCUCAUUUCUCCUGUGUGUAGAGCAGCCGGGGGACUCAGCAUCCCUGCUGGGUGCGUCUAACAGCUCGGGGGAAAGGAAUCAUUCUCUUUCCUUCUAAUUAUUAGACGUCAAAGGUGGAUGAGAAGAAGCCGUCUUUGGCAGAAAUCUAGGAGGGGCUUGCCUGCUGGAGUGACUCGGCAGCGAUUGGUCGCUAUUACAAAGUGCUCUGCUGCAGCGACAGCCGCUGAGAAUCUGAGGAAGCCCCACCGGUGGACCUGCUGUCAGUUUAGAAACAAACGUCCUGGAAAGAAGUGGUUCUCUGUUACUUAUGAGGCAUGACAUAUAGGAAAUGUGGGCUGGGGUGUAGCAAUAAGCCAUUCCUCUAGGGAAUUCACAGGGAGCUGAAAGCAGAGCCAGGUCAUUAGACUCCAGCAGCAGCGGAGGCAGAGGCUUCUCCCAAAUGAAGAGAGAACUGUCCUGUCCCAGUAUGGCUUGUACCUUAUGGAAUGCAUUGUUUCUCCUUGGGCUUUUUUGGACAUCAUUUGCUGUGAGUGAUACCACUCAGCCAAGGUUACGCCUGUCCCAUAAAGAGCUCAGAGAUUUAAACAGAACAUCAGUUUUCCACAGCCCGUUUCUUGACUUAAAUAUUAUGUAUUUGGAUGAAUAUCAAGAAAGACUUUUUGUUGGAGGCAGAAAUCUUCUGUAUUCUUUAAGCCUGGAACAAGUCAGUGAAAACUACAAAGAGAUACACUGGCCAAGUACAGACCAGCAAGUUGAGGACUGCAGUAGAAAGGGAAGAGAUAAGAGUGAAUGCGCCAAUUUUAUACGAGUUCUUCAUCACUAUAAUAGAACCCAUCUUUUGGCAUGUGGGACCGGUGCAUUUGACCCUGUAUGUGCAUUUAUAAGAGCUGGACUCCGUUCACAGGAACACCUUUUUCAGCUGGAACCCCAAAAAUUUGAAAGGGGACGUGGAAGAUGCCCAUUUGACCCCAACUCUUCAGUAAUUUCAACAUUAACUGGUGGGGAGUUAUUUGUAGGUCUCUACAAUGAUUUCUGGGGAAGAGAUGCAACAAUAUUUCGGACCACGGGGCAUUUGCCGCCCAUUCGAACAGAACAUGAUGAUGACCGAAUCCUCACAGAACCUAAAUUUGUAGGUUCCUAUAUGAUUCCAGAUAAUGAAGACAAGGAUGACAAUAAAAUGUACUUUUUCUAUACUGAAAAAGCAAUAGAAGGAGACAAAGGAGUACAAGCAAUUUAUUCCAGAGUCGGGCGUGUCUGUGCAAACGACAUAGGAGGUCAGAGGAUGAUGGUAAAUAAGUGGACCACUUUCCUAAAAACUAGACUAAUCUGCUCAGUACCAGGACCAAAUGGGAUAGAUACAUUUUUUGAUGAACUUGAAGAUGUAUUCUUGCUGCAUACCAGGGAUAACAAAAACCCAGAGAUAUUUGCAUUAUUCAGUACUACCAGUAACAUUUUCAAAGGAUAUGCCAUUUGUGUUUAUCAUAUGGCUAGUAUCCGAGAGGCAUUCAAUGGUCCAUUUGCACACAAAGAAGGACCUGAGUACCACUGGUCAAUAUAUGAAGGAAAAAUACCUUACCCAAGGCCUGGAUUGUGUGCCAGCAAAGUGAAUGGAGGGCACUAUGGUACAACUAAGGAUUAUCCAGAUGAAGCUCUGCGCUUUGCUAGAAGCCACCCAUUGAUGUAUGAGUCAGUUAAGCCAACUCACAAAAAGCCAAUUCUCAUAAAAGCUGAUGGAAAAUACAACUUGAAACAAAUAGCUGUAGAUAGGGUGGAGGCUGAGGAUGGUCAAUACCACGUUGUGUUUAUAGGAACAGAUAACGGAAUAGUUCUGAAAGUCAUCACAAUUUAUAAUCAAGAAACUGAAACAAUGGAAGAAGUAAUUCUUGAAGAACUUCAAGUAUUUAAGGUUCCUGAUCCUAUAAUUUCAAUGGAAAUUUCAGCAAAAAGACAACAACUUUACAUUGGUUCAGCAUCCAGCAUUGUGCAAAUAAAGACUCAUCAGUGUGAGAUGUAUGGGACUGCAUGUGCGGACUGCUGUCUGGCUAGAGAUCCAUAUUGUGCUUGGGAUGGGAUAUCUUGUUCUCGAUACUAUCCACUGGGAUCACACUCCAAAAGACGGUUUAGAAGACAAGAUGUUCGUCAUGGAAACGCAGUUCAGCAGUGCUUUGGACAACAGUUUCAUGGAGAAACACUAGAAAAGACUGAAGAACACCUGGCAUAUGGAAUAGAAAACAACAGUACUCUUUUAGAAUGUAUGCCUCGCUCUUUGCAAUCCAAAGUUGUCUGGUUUGUGCAAAGAGGACAUGACACAAGGAAGGAGGAGGUAAAAACAGAUGAAAGAGUUGUCAAAACAGAUUUUGGACUUUUGUUCUUCAAGCUGCACAAAAUGGAUGCUGGAAUAUAUUUUUGUCAAACAGUUGAGCACAUGUUUGUUCACAUAAUCAGAAAAAUUACUCUUGAGAUUGUGGAUGAAGAGAGGGUAGAUGAUAUGUUUCACAAAGAAGAAGAAGAAGAACCAGUUGCAAAAAUGCCUUGUCCUGUGCAGGCGCAUGUUCCACAAGCAACAAGGCCUUGGUAUAAGGAGUUUCUACAACUCAUUGGUUAUAGCAACUUCCAUAAAGUUGAGGAGUACUGUGAAAAAGUGUGGUGCACAGACAGGAGAAGGAAAAAGCUGAAAGCGCCACAAAAUAAAUGGAAAUAUGGAAAUCCACAGGAACGAAAACCAAAAGUGAAAUCAGAACAUUAUCGGAUACCAAGGCACCUUACUGGACUAUAAGCAAAUUCCCUCACGGUUAUUAUGCAGUGAGUAAUUGUCACCUCGCAAAAAAUAAACUUAUAUACAGUGGAUAUAAAAAGUCUCCACACCCCUGAUAAAAUGUCCUGUGCUGUACAAAAAUGA